AGGAACUGAAGAAGAAGGAACAAUUUUUAGGUUCGAAAUGUAAAAGAUAUGUGGAGGUGGCUUAACGGAUUGCCAAGAGCAAUACGCCAGCAUUUCCACGGGCCGAGAGCAUCGGCAACAGGAGUUUGCAGAGAAGAUGAAGCUGAAUUUGAGCAGCAGUGUAAAGAUUUGAGGAAGAAGAAAUGUAUAUUUGUGAAGGAUCAUUUAAGGAUAUGCACAUUCAGAUAUAAAGGAGAAGACAAACAUAAACAUGGACCAGACCAAGAUAAAUGGUACAAAAAUUAUAACAAGGAUUUCCAUUCAUUCUUCAAUGGGAACCACAAUGCAUUGGAAGCUCUUGGAUGGGGUGCAGCUGUAGUACUUGGAAUCCAUUUAUCAAAAUGUCCAAUUAAACAACGAGAGAAACAUAGACCAAGAAAGCCACCCGAUGGACAGAAAGGAUGUAUGUUAUGGCAGGUGGCUCUGGCAAUACCAGACAAAGUUAGGCCACACCGAAUUACAUCACAUUCUAUAGUUGAUUGUGAUGUAAGUGCAUCCAGCAGACCUUCAAUUGGUAACUCUAUCAUCACUUUUGAUAGCCAGAGACAAGAAGAAGUGAAAGAAGUAACAACUGUCAGUAAUGCUUCCCCUGAACACGAUGAAGAUGAGACCACAGAUCCAUUGUACAAAGUUAUGAAUGAAUUUGAAGACAUGUGUAAGAAGUAUGCAGGAAUAGGAAAGAACAUCCAAGGUCUUCAAGAGGCUACUAAAAGUCAGAUGAAAAAGGCUGCUAGUAAAUGGAUAGAUGCCUCACAUCUUGGUUAUACUAAAGCUCAGUUCAAUAUAGGACUAUGUUAUGAAACAGGGAAAGGAGUUAAGCAGAAUCUCAGAAAAGCAGAGAAGUAUUACAAGUUAGCUGCAGAGGAUGGACACCAACAGGCCCUUUACAACCUAGCAUUGCUGUACCUGAAGGGUGAAGGUUGUAUAGAAAAGAAUGUAAACUUAGCUAUACAACUUCUAGAGAAGGCUGCUGAUUAUGGUCUUGGUCAGGCACAAACCUAUCUUGGUGUGUAUUAUACAGAAGAAGAAACCCAGGACUUAGAAAAAGCUGUUGCAUUGUUUAAAGCUGCUGCAUAUCAGAAUGACCCUGAAGCCCAGUAUUUCUUAGGAGUGUGUUAUGAGAAUGGAUGGGGAGUAGAGGUGAAUGAGUGUAAAAGUGCAGAGCUGUAUUCACAAGCUGCUUCUAGUGGUCAUGAUGGUGCUCUAUACAGCCUGGGAGUCUUCUAUGAACUUGCUGUAGGGGGUUUACCAGAAGAUAAAGCUAAUGCUAUAGAACUGUUCAAAAAAUCUGCUGACAGAGGGAAUGAACAAGCUAAAGCACAUCUAGAUCAGAUCCAAGCUGAUACAGUAAAUAAGGAUCUACAUGUUUUAAAUAUAGAAAAGGAUGAAAACAAAAGACCUGUAAUAUAUCUUAAUGAUGAAGAUACUGAAAACCAAGAAGAGGAAGAGAAAAAGUUUAUUAAACUGAAUGUGUCUAUUUCAUCACCAUCACUCACAGAUUACGUACGACAUCAUCUAAAUUCAUUUACAUUAGCCAGUGUCCAAGUGCCAUUUAAUUUCCAGGAUCCAUUAUCAUUGUUAAAUAAAUCAGUUCAUCAGAACAAUAUAUCAUCAAUAAUUAGUAGUGUUUUUAAAGGGGAGAUAACAUCCAAUGAUGGAGAAUUACCUCCCUUGCUCCCUGUAGAAUGGAAUCCCCUUUAUGGGAGUCCCCGUAGAUCAGAAGGUCAUGACAGAGUAUCAUUCAGCAUUGGGGCAGAUGAAGAUGAUUUAGAUAGAUUGUUAGAUUUAGAAGAUGAUAGUCUAAAUGAAUCUGCUCAAAUUCAUCACUUUUGUUCCUUCAUACAGAAGACUUCCACCAUGCCAAAUCUUCAAAGUGUUUCAUGUAACUGACCAAAAUGGCUGUAGAAGUAGUAAUGACUUGUUAUAUAAAAUGGCCUGUUGUUUUAAUGAACUCUGUAUUUAUAUUUUAAGCAUUAUAUGAAGAUGAAAUAUAGUGUGUGACAAAAGGAUGUUAAUGUUUUGAUAGAUUUUAUACAUUGCAUUAUCUGUUAUAUGUACUUUAAUUCAUACCUUUUUGAUACAUGUAGUUUUAGAAUUGAAUGAUAUUUUCCACUAAGAUAUUAGAAAAUAAAUUUAAAGUAAUUUAAAGUUAAAAGCUGUUGGAUUUGUUUAUAUUAUUUUCAAAACUUUUUUAUUUUGUUUUUAUUUUGUCCAAUGUGAGUAGAACAUUAUUUUUAUAUUUGCAUUUUUACAACUGUAUCAAACAAUCCUUGACCAAAUAAUGUUCAAAAGAUAGUUAAUUUUUCUGUGAAUUAAGAUUCAUGGUGUAAUUUUCAUGAAUUAUUUCAAAAAUAAAAUGCUAAUUGAAAGCAAUUUGUCUCAGAUAAAAUGUUUACCACCUCAAAAUUUAAGGUACAGUUAAAAGCAUGCACACACAUUAUUUAUAUUGUCACAUUUUAAUUCUAGUGUUGGUUUGUUUUUUAUUAAGUUCAAUAAUUUAUAUAUGUCAGGGUUUAGGGAAAUAUUUUUGCUUGUUUUAACAAGUUUCAAAAUACAAAUUAAUUGAUAAAAGUAAUUAAUGCCUUAGGUGCACAUUUGUAUGUCAUAUAAGUUUUACCAACAAAUUCGGAUGUUGACAAAACUGAAAGUGAACACAAAUGUUUGCAAAAUGAAGAACAUUUGCAAUUGCAUAUUUAAAAAUGAAAUAUAUUAGAGUGGGGUGCCCAUUUUCGCCACAUCUUUCCAUGUUUUCUACAGUUUAUGGUCAGGUCUAAAUGUUUUUGAAGUAUACUGAUAUUUCUAUAUGAAGAUAACUUCAAAUGCAAAAUAUUCUUAAGCUUGAAAACGUGUUUGUUUGAAAAAAAAUCAUCUGAAAAGUUAGAUUAAAGGGUGCUUGAAAUUUCCAGAUGUUUUGUCAAUGGGGGACACAUAUUCGCCUUUUUUACAAAUCCAUUCAAAACCAAAUAACCACAGCUUUUAACAAUUUUUAUCAAUUCAAUUGCAUUAAAGAUGAAUAGCAGACUUUUCAAAGGUGUAAAGAAUUCAAAAUUAGGGCAUUCAGUCAAAUAUUUACUUAGAAAUACUUCUUUGAAAUCAUAUUUUUUAUUCAGGAAAUUGUCUGAAAAUCGUUGUCCGUUUUUCGGUCAUUUUCGGUAGGAGACGCAAUUUUGUUUUAGUUCAAAAAAAUAUCAUAUUUGUUAUAAAAAUAUAAUUUGACGGUACAUUUCUUCCAUUUCAGCCAUCCUUUUAAGUUUUUACACCUCAAAAUCCUAAAACGGCAAAAAUUGUGACCCCGGCGAAAAUGAGCACCCCACUCUAUAAACUUUACAAAUGUUUAACAUGUUUAAUAAAGCAAUAUGCUUUAAUAUCAUAUAAGGUAACAAAAAUUGGUUUUAUUAAUGGAAAUAUCUUAGAUUUUUUUUAGUGUAACUUAUGUCUUUUUUAUGAUUAUUCUACCUGUUUCUUCAGAUCUGUCUCAACAGGACUGUUAUAUUUUGAUAUUAUAAAACUAUAAUCACAAGACUAGCUUGUGGUUCACAAUAAAAUCACUUAUCAUUUGUCUUUUUUUUUAUCAGUUCACAAGUUUCAAAUCUUUUGUCUUCAUACUUCAUGCACUUAUAUCAUACAUACAAAAUGCAUCAACAUAUCAGUAAAACAUAUGUUGUAAAACUAAAACUUAGUAUCCCUGUUUUUCCAGUAUAUGUUUAAGUCUAGAGUUAUAACCAAAUUGUGGUUUAAAUUUACUCAUGAGAUUUAAUGAAUUAUUUAGAUUCUUUUUAUUAAUGCAGUCAUUUUUCAAAGGUAAGUUCCCAUGACCAAUGAAUUAUAUUUUUUUGGCUGUUCAGUUUAAUCAGUUGCUACUAAAAAAUAAAAAUAAUGAUUAAUAAAGAAAAAUAAUAUGAAAUUGUUUAACCAAUUAUAGUAUCACAAUUUUUAAGUCUUAUCAUGUUAAACUUUCUGAUCAAUCAUUAUUUAGAUAUGAUCAUGGUUUCUAUCAACCAUUGUCAUCAACUAUAGAGUUUGUCUAUUGGAACAAACAAUAGUUUGACCAGUCUUGUUAUUACUGUUUUGUUUAUAUUUUGUUUUUACUUGUUUUGCAGUGAAAUGUAAAAAACAAUAAAAUUGUAAAAAAAUUAAAAA